CGUCUCUGUAAAACAGGAUGCUGCUACUUCGUUUGCGGUGCCAACAGCUGAGGUCUGCUUCCUGAGUUUCCCUCCAGCCUAUGAGAGUUGCAGGAAAAGAAAGGAAGUGUGUGUUUGUGCGAAGGCAAGGGACAUUGUGUAAUGUACGUUUGUGAGAGAGAGCAAAAGAAAAAAAGAGAGAGAGACUAUGGAAUGCUGUGAUGUCACCAGCUAAGUCAUACACAAAGGCAAGAAGGAAACACAGGCACUCACUCUCCCUCUUACUAAAGUCUGCCGUGGAGCGUCCGCACCCAGCUCGUGUCCAGUUGAUGGCUGCUGAUCAGUGAUGAGAGCGUGUGUGUGGUGAACGGACCGAGCUGGGCUUCAUCGUCUUUACCACCGUCAUCCUCAUUCUGAAGGGCUGUUGCUGAAUCUCAGGAUCUAUUCUGGUGCACCACACACACGGCCAUGCUGCAGCAGAUCUUGAAUGAUAUGUACAUCGACCCGGAUGUGCUGGAUGCUCUGAAUGACGAGCAGAAGAAGACGCUCUUCCUGAAGAUGCGCGAGGAGCAGGUGCGACGCUGGAAAGAGUGUGAGGAGAAGCUGGAGAGGGAACCACUCAAACCCAAACCAAAGACAGCUCAUAGCAAGAGUGUCAGCUGGCUGCUGGGGCGAGAUGGAGACGUACAGGUCAUUGUCAUCGGAGAGAUGGAUGAACUCAAGUCCUCCAAGAUCAUCUAUUCAGGUUUUGGGGAGAGAAAAACGGCCAGCGUCCUCAACAAUUCACACAACCAGCCCGGCACUUUGAAGAGCAACUUGACAAACCGAACAUCAGCAGAACCUGUACGAUCAGGACGAGAAAACCUUCCUCCUAAAGCACAUUCAGGAGUUCAGCUGAACUUUAAGGACAACAGUGACAAAGAGUUAAGGACUCUGCCACCCCCACAGAUGCCAGUAAAUGAAGAAAAGCCAUCAGCACCUUUAGAUAAUGUAUCCCAUCAGCCUCAGGAGUCCAGAGAGGAGGCUGAGUCAGGACACUCAAAGGAUGACUCAGCACUAUUGUCCUCAAUUUGCUAUCGGCCCCAUUCGAGAUCUUGCCUCCUGACACCCUCAGCUCUCAGCAGACCUGUCUAUACAGACACUGAGGACACGACGACCAAUCAGCUGUCUGACACCUCGAGACUCCAUCCCCAAGACACCCCCAAACCUCAGAUCAACAGAGGUGAUUUCCGAGUGGUUGCCGCCUCUAAACGGGCGUUUUCUGUGGAUGUGGGGUCCGAGGUAGCUGAGGAGAACUGUUCGGGACGAGGACGGGUUGCUCAGCUCAUGAAAACUUUCAGCGUGUCCAGUGAGUCUCCGGCCUCCCAAACGCCACCCCGUGCCAACAAACCUCCAAUCCCGGAAAAGCCUAACCACUUGAGACUCCGCCCCGCACCCUCUCUCAGGUAAUCA